ACGUAUCGGGUACAUGUAUCGUGUGUCGACUUCGCGUCACAUUUCGCGUCGAGUGUCGCCAUAGUUAUAAACGCAGCGCGCCUUUUCGAGCGUCCGCGUAUUUGCAGACUCGCCGUGACGUUGCGGGUGUCGCGCGACUUACACGUACAUGUGCCAAGUGACGUAGUCAACAUAUCCAGUGGCGACCAGGGACUGAUAGUCGCAUCGGCGAUUGUAACGUUGGUUACGCGGUGUCUUUCCCGCGCGCGGAGAGAGGCGCAUUUUUCGCAGCGCGUCAAUUUCCUCCCGCGUUAUCGAUUCGCGUCCAUUCGCUCGCACGUGCUUCGACGGACCGAUCCGCGCGUGACGCGAGCGUGGAACUUUGGCGCGACGCCGCUGGCCCUUUAAAUCGCCCGGGGCAUCUCCACUUCCCCCACUCCGGCGCGCGUGUGUGGUGCCCCUCUCCGCGACCAUUUAAAUUCCACGAGGUCGACCGGUGGUCGGACCGUUUAAAGGGCCCGUCAUUGCGUAAUCGCGCACCGGGACUCACGACUGCGUCUACGUUCUUUCUCUCUCUCUCUCUCUCUCUUUCUCUCUCUCUCUCUCUCUCUCCCCCUCCCUCCUCUCCUCUCCUUUCCUCUCCUCUCUCUCUCUCUCGCGCGUUCUCGCUUCGAUGUCGCCGUCGUCGUCGAUGUUUUACGAGCGUUCCUACGAUAUCGCGAGUGGUCACGCGCGCGAGAUCGUAAACUCCCCGCGCGGGGUUCCACGAGGCGACGCUUGACUGUGUUUUGGCAACCAUCGCCGGAACUUAUCCUUGCACGCAUCCCAUCCUGCUCCGCUUCGAGUCUCAGCCAUUGGCACCGAAGAAUUAUGUAACGCCUGUCGAGGAACCACCGACCACUGAACCCGCCCGCCCGGCUCGGAAUGCGGGAUUCCUUCGCAGUUUUUGGCGAGACGUGUUUGGCUUCGGAUUACGUUCGACGUGAAUUGGAUGCAGUGACGUCAUCGGGAGUUAGCUCCACGCAUGUCAAUAGACAACACCAAUUGGCUAUGGCUCGUGUAUUAAAGCCACAACUGCCGCCCUCCAAGCCGCCUCUCAUUUCUUCAUGGCAGCUACGAGUGACAGCGGGCUAGUGGACACAGAUCCAGGUCGAGUUAGCAACAUGACAGCCAUUAACUCGGGUCCGGUCGGGGAAGUGGGCGGCGUGAGGCUGCCGCUGCAGUCAUUACAUGGAUACGGAUCUGUGUUCAUGUACUCGGCGUCGACGAGUCCCGGGGGUGGAGGUGGCCAGGGUGGCGGAGGCGGGGGUGAGGUCACCCUCCGCCUCCGCGAACCUGAGGACAUUCCCGAAGAGGUUCUCGCCCGCCUCGAGGACACCGCCACCCUCUCCAUCUCUCUUCAAAGCGAUGCAGUCCUGAGGCUAGGAGCGGCUGGCACAGGAAAUGGAAACUUGGAAUUGUUUGAUAGUGAGAGCGGACCGGACCUCACGCUAUCACCUCAAACCUUCACGUCAACGGCGGAGGCCUUCAUCAAUGACAAUAGCGACAGUCUCGGGGUUCCAGGAGACAACGACACCGGUAGCAGCGAGGAAUCGAGAGCCGGUGGCGGUGAUCCUGGGAAGCUGGGAGUGAAGAAACCGAGACCGAAGGCCUCCUCGCCGAAUAGGCAGGGACCACAGCAGUGUCAGGUCUGCGGAAAGGUGUUCAACAACGCAUCGGCGCUCACGAAGCACAAACUGACGCACAGCGACGAGAGGAAGUACGUGUGCACGAUGUGCGGCAAAGCGUUCAAGCGGCAGGACCACUUGAACGGGCACAUGCUGACGCAUCGAAAUAAGAAGCCGUACGAGUGCAAAGCCGAAGGAUGCGGCAAGUCUUAUUGCGACGCGAGGAGCCUGAGAAGACAUACGGAGAAUCAUCAUGCUGGCAGCAAAGUUAAUGAGAGCGUCAGUCCCAGCAGUCCCACAACCGGGCCUCAUACGCCUAACACUCCCGGAAGUAAUCCCAGCACACCGAGCACGCCCGGUGCAACGUCCACGACGAAUGGACACGGACAUGCAGCUUUGAAGCAGCUACUCGCCACUGAACCCGCGCAAACGCAACAACAAAAGAGCGCCACGUCUCCCGGUGCCAACAACGAUGGCCUCACGAAGCAACAGCUGGAGCUCAUCCAGCAGAUUAUGCAACAAACGCAACAGCAACAACAACAAACAACUACGCAACAACAGCAACAACAACGAACUACUACUCCAUCGACAGCGGUAGCUACACAGUUACAGAAAACACAAAAACCGUCCAUCAAAUCCACCGCGUCACCCGGCAACAUUUCCAACAAUUCCGGAAGCGGGAACGCGACUAGUAAUGCAAGAUCGAGUCCGAAGCCGAAAGUCUGGAGUCAUUCGCAGCAUCACCAUGACCAUCAUCAUCCACGCCAACAACAGCAGCAUCAGCACCUGCAGCAACAGCCGUAUCAGCAGCAACAAUCGUAUUAUGGACAUCACCAUCAGUACCAGACUCAGCAUCAUCAGUACUCGCAGCAGCAGUACUCGCCGGAUUAUCUGUAUCGAUUUUCCCUUCAGCAACAACAACAGCAAGCGCAGCAGCAGCAGCAACAGCAACAACAACAGGUCGGCUCACCGGGAAGCGGAAAUGUGGGGAAGGGCAGCCCGUCUCCCGGAAAUUCGUCAUCUCCCGGUACGGUCGCUACUUCCAACAAAUCCCAAACCGAGCCGAAACCGGUGGAGUGCAAUCUGUGCCAUCGAAAAUUUAAAAACAUACCGGCUCUUAAUGGCCAUAUGAGACUCCACGGUGGUUACUUCAAAAAGGAUGCAGAGAAUAAGAAGAGCGAGAAGAAAGAGGUCAUCGGACCACCUUUGCAGACGGCAUCGGUCAGCGUGAGAGCACUCAUCGAAGAGAAAAUCAUACAGAAAAGAACGACAGCAGCGGACGCAAAUGCCAAUCAACAGCCUCGUACGAAUGCCACCGUCUUCACCACGCAAGCCGAUGCCGUCUCACAAAUGGCCGGCAAGACGAACUUUGCGGUGCCAGCACCACCACCAUUGGCGACAGCAGAGAAAGUGCGCCGGCUCUCUGAUGGUGAACACUUCCGGCAGCCAAAUGUCACCGUGAGCGGUCACGCAACUGUGCAAAAGCAGCUGCAGGAAGCGCAAACUCAGGCUCAAGCGCAAGCGCUUGCCGAUCUGAUCCUGAAGGGAGCGAAGGUGGCUGUGAAGAGAACAACCUCUGAUCCAGGACAAAGAUUACAUCUAACUUAUCAACAGCCUGUGCAAUCAGCGACGACUAAUCAACAACCGAAUAAUCAGCAGCCGCAGGCUCAACCUGCGGUAACAGAAAGCUUCACGAUGACAGGUUACGCCGAGGAUGGUGGUUAUUUUAGUCCGAGUUUGCAGGACGAAGUGUUUCAACAGGUCACAACAGUCCCUGACAGCGUGCUUUUGCAUGCUACGCAAUUGGACUCAAUUCAGUUUCAAACGGCCAGCCUAUUGCAAGAACAAUCUACCGAACAGCUGCAGGAUAUCACAUUAGAAGAUCGAUACUCAUCGCAGCACACAGUCAAUCCGGACUUACAAGCGUUGGUAAACUCACCGUUGCCUGACUCGUUGGCCGAAUUCAGUACUUAUGCCGCGCAAUACACGGAAAGUCCUCAUACAUUACCGACCCAGUCGCCCUUGCCAUCGCCCUUGACACGACAUGACAGCCCGAGCUUCACAUAUCCCACCCCACCAGCUAGCCAGGAAGGUCUGCUUACUGGAAGCCUACCGUUGUUAAGUCCUCAAGAGGAUCCGGAAAAUGUAAGACAAGUGUCGUCACCGCUCUCGGCGGCAUUUUACACCACCACAAUGUCAUCUGCCGCGGCUGUGGAGGAGGCGUUGAACGAGGUGUUGCCGGGCGAAUCCGAGGCGGACGCGGACCUCUAUGGGUCCGGCUCGCCGAAUCCGCACUCGCCACUGCCAAGCCCAUUGUCGGCGACACCAGCACCGUCGCCGCUGUCCUCGCUGCCGCCGUCCUCUGUCUCGUCGCCGGGACCGGUCGCCUUCACCGGCACGAGCUUUCCCGUAUCACCGCAUCACGCACUCCAAAGCCAAAUGAUGCCAAACUCAGAAGAUCCGUUGUUAUCCUCGACUCCGAAGGACUUUACCGCCUCCGGUCGCAGGCGAUUUGAGUUCCAGUCAUAUAAACUUAUCACGAGCCAGAACUUCGUGGACUUUGGGCUCGGAAACGGCAGUCUGGCUGGCAUCGUCGUCGAUAAUAAUGGCGAGUUUAAAUUGAUACAGACGGCGGGUCUGCAGAAAGCGAAUGUAUUAGUGCAGGCAGGUUCGCUCAGUCCAGCGUUGACGUUCAAAAAGGAGAUUCGUCUGGCAACGCCGAAAGUCGAGCCUGUUACCGUGAAUCUCGGCUUGAACGUCCAGACGAAUCAACAGCAGUGCAACGCGGGAGGACAAUUUAAUCAGCAGCAAGUCGUCAAUCCGGCCAAGUUUCUCAUUCAAACUAAUCACGCGACAAAGAAUAAUAUUUUGAGACACAAAUUGGCUACUGGAAAUUUACCGAUUCCUGUCGAACAAAUCAAAGAGGAACUGCUAGAUGAAGAUGUCUUUCUCAGUCCUGGCAGUUUACCCGCCAAUAGUCCUGUACGGCAUUGUCGGAAGAGGCCGCGCAUGGAUGGUGGCCAAUAUGCCAACAGUUCGCAUUCUUAUCCAUCGCGACUGCGGAAAGCUUGCGAUCGCCAUUGGGACAGCAGCUAUACACCACCGCCGAUCCUAGAUCCAUCUCGUCCUGGCCCAGGGUUGUAUGCAAGAUUACAUCAGCACGAGAGAGAUUCGGACUUCAGUUCAGAUGACUCUCAAGGAAACGACGGUCCGCCGCCAAGAAUCAACAUCGGCACGAGAUAUCAAGCCACGAUACCGCCGGUCGAAUGCAACGGGGAUAGGGGGAAGGACGGGUCGGAGACCGACCACCUUUUGUGGGAUCCCGGCAUAAACAACGUACUCACGAACACCGAGCUGGAGAUGUACCUGCAAUUCGCGUGUUGCGCCGCGGUACCGGGCGGUGGUAGAAACAAGGAAUACGCGCUUCACCUGUUGCAUAUGUGCAAAGGAAAUAUUCGUGAAGCGAUGGUGAAAUUAAUGCGGCCAACACCUACGCUACCAGUAGAGCAUCCGUUACUCAGCUACGAAUGCCACGAGUCCGAUAGAUGGACGUCACACGAAAUGGACGUAUUCUAUCAAGGACUGCUCAAGUACAACAAAGACUUCUCCGCGAUUUCACGGGACGUCGGUGCCAAGACCGUGAAACAGUGUGUGCAGUUCUACUACCUCUGGAAGAGGCUCUGCCCCGAUGAAUACAAGAGGUUGCGUAUUCGUCACGGAAAACCAAAAAUCAAAAGCGAAAGAGAUUGCAAGGACACCAGGGAACUUCGCGAUGCCAUCGCAUCGGUGACGGAAAUGGACUUUGGUGAAGAAAAAUCAAUUCUUCACCGUACCUUACUACAAACAAACGAGAGAGAAAAUUCGGCGACUCUGACUACUAGCGAAGGAGAGCUGAGGUUAUUCGCAUACGACUGCCCAGAUAGCUUUAGCGGAAGUGUAACAGUAACGAUGGCCGGAAGCACCCAAACCGCCCAAAUCGGCAAUAUCGGCCACGCCACAGUCAACACCAACUCACAAACUCACACUAGUUCUGAGCAACAACUACCCGCGCCCACCCCACUUCACUACCCCUGCAAGAUUUGCGGGAAAGUUUUCAACAAAGUGAAAAGCAGAAGUGCGCACAUGAAAUCCCACAGGCCAAUACCCUUGCCCGAUUCAACGGGUCAGGAAUCUAAACGACCGAUACAACAGUCAUCGAAAGUGCAACAACUGCAACAACCAACAAUGUCAUUGCAACAAAACCAGCAGCAACAGCAACAACAAUCAGACAAUGCUAUACCGCAAAUUCAAGAUCAUCAGCAGCAACUGCCCGCGAGUAUUACCGACAACAGCGCCCAAAAUACAGCACAUUUAUGCCGUAAUCCGACGAGACCCCCAUAGGACAAGAUUCAAGUAAUUAAACUUAAGUUACCUUAACGAAGGCUGUAAUGAUACUAUAGGAAAGUAGUAUGGUCGCGCGCGGUACUAAAGCAGGCUCUUAUUAAAUGAUCGCACAAUCGUUACAAAAAUAACGCUGCAGGAAUAUCUUUUUAUGUGAAUGUGAAAAUUUUUGCUCACAUAAACGGGCAGGUUGCGUGAUAAUAAAUUUCCACGAUAGAUAAUUCCGAAAAUACCUCCGUGAAUACCUCCUCUGUAUGUGCGAAUCUGUGCAGGAGAGCGUGAUUGGUAAAUUUAUCCGAUCAGACGCGGACUAAUUACAUUUAUGCGACUCAUAUGGGGAAUAAUUGACUGUUUAAAAAAGACAUCUAUCGUUAAUGGAAAUCGAAACUAACAAUAAGCACUAAAAGAGUCGUAGAACUCGUAGGGUUUAAUGGCGCAGCGGUAAAACGAUCUUUAACUAUGCAAUCAUUAUAUUCGAGCUCUGUUCAAGAAGGAGACAGGGUACUGACCGUAAACAUUUUCCUUAAUGGAAGACAAGAUCAGCCGGCAUCAAAGAACAAAAAAUCGUCAUUGAAAAAUGAAGCAAACGUAUAGACUUCAUUUUGGCAUUUUGUUGAAGACAAACAGUAAAUACGAUUAUUUAACAUGGCCUAGAAAAAUCAAAUACAACUCGACAAGUAAACGUACGGAAGCGUAUAUAUGCCACUGUCGUUACAAUGAGUGCUGACUCAAGAUACAAAAGAGAUUGACGUGCACCUACAAUAAGCGCCUAAUGAUUAACGCGAUUUCAGUGUACCUAUUUAUUAUGCACGUAAAAUAUUCCCAGAUUGUGCCACAAGACAUUAUUGUUACCUGUUGCUCUUUCACAAUUUUUUAAAGAUGUUUUAAAUUGUUUUUUCUUCCGAUUACAGCCGGGAUCAGUUUGUAUGAAGCCGUAUUUUUCAGGCCAUAUUUUUUUAUUUUCUUGCCAAUAAGUAUGUCUUAUAAUUUAUAAAUUUUAUAAUCGUUUAAGAGAGACAUUAUUAACAUUUUCACUAGAUAGAAAUUACGUUUACAAUGUUAAUAUUAAAAUCUAAAUAAACAAAAAAUGGUGAAACAAAUUGCGGUUUGUCAACCGAUUCCGGAAUGUAAUGUACGACUUGUUGCAUGUUCGCUCUAGUUUUAUAUUUAAUUUAAAUAUCAUUAGCAUAGCAUAUCUAAAAUUUGGAUGAGAAUAAGUAAGUUUUACCAUUCAUAUGUAGAAGAGAUUUGUUAAACUCCUUAAUUUCUUUACCUCUGUUACUUUUUUUAGUAAAU